UUCUUUUUUACUAAUGACGCGAACGGAAUUGCUUGAUACUGUCGGUAUAAUAAGAGUGGUAUUAAAAUGUUUAUGCUUCUUUGUAGUUGUACAUUAUCCUGGAAAUAUCCAGUUAUUCGCGUGAUUCGAACUGUGUUGACUCUCUCUCUCUCUCUCUCUCUCCCUCUCCCUCUAUUGAAUUCAUCCAAAACCCUAAAACCCUCCUUCCCCAUCUGAUCUACAGCAGGAACUCUCUCUCUCUCUCUAAACCCUAAAGAUGAGGAAUUAUCCAUUGCGUUUGGUUCUUCUCCGAUGUCACUCUCGAUCUCAACAACUUCAUUUUUCCAGACACUUGUCUCACUUCCAUUCACACCCAAGUUCGCUUCGCCAUUUCUCUUCACUCAUCCGCUCUCGCUCCCUCUUCGUUUCUCAGAUUCCGGACUCCAAAAAUCUCACAUUUCGCUGCUUCUCUUCCUCCGAGCUCGCCAUCCAACACAAAGACUCAGAUCACGUACUCCUCUUGACCGAUAUCUUCUCUAAAUCACAACCAACUAGCGAUGAAAUCAAGCUCCAGUUAGAUUCCAACAACAUCGUCAUUACCCAUGAGUUAGUAUUGAAGGUUCUGCGAAGCCUCGACGCCACUCCUGAUGUUGCUCGGAGGUUUUUCGAUUGGGUUUCGGAGAGCCAAGGCGAGCGAUUGAGCUCCAAAUCGUAUAAUUUGAUGCUGGGUAUACUGGGUUCAAAUGGGUAUGUGAAGGAAUUUUGGGAUUUGGUUGGGAUUAUGAAGAAGAAAGGGUAUGGGGUGAUAAAGGGCGCACACGUUAGGGUUUUGGAGAAAUUUGAGAAAGAAGGACUAGUUAGUGAUGUGGAGAAUUUGAAAGAAUUGUAUGCAUCAGGAUCAGUGGAUAAUUCGGCUGAGAAGGUGUGUUCGCGGGUUUGUAAGGUGAUUAAGCGAGAUGUGUGGGGAGAUGAAGUCGAAAAAUUGUUACGGGAAUUGAAAAUUGAGUAUUCGAGUGAUUUUGUUGUGAUGGUUUUGGGAAAUCUUACAACAGAAACAAACAAGGCAUUGAUAUUUUUUCGGUGGAUUCAGGAGAGCAAUUUAUUUAAGCAUGAUGAACGUACUUGUAAUGCUAUGCUUAGGGUUUUGGGAAGAGAGGACAGCAUUGAAAAGUUCUGGAGGGUGGUGGAUGAAAUGAGGGCUGCCGGCUAUGAAAUGGGGGAGGAGACAUAUGUUGAGGUUUUGGGGCGGUUUAUAAAUAGGAAGAUGAUAAAGGAUGCUGUGGAUUUGUACGAGUUUGCGAUGGGAGGUGCAAAUAAGCCCUCGGUUCAGGAUUGUGCGUUUCUUUUGAGGAAAAUAGUGGUUAGCAAGGAGCUAGAUAUGGAUUUGUUUCUGAAAGUUGUCAAGGCUUUUACUGAGGGUGGGAAUGUGUUGACGGGUUCGACAGUGGAUGCUGUUCUCAAGUCUUUAACCAGUGUUGGUAGAUUUGGGGAAUGCAAUAAGAUCUUGAAAGCGAUGGAGGAAGGUGGUUUCUUACCUGGUGAUACUUUGCAAAGUAAAAUUGCCUUUCAGCUUAGUAGUAAUGGGAAAAAGGAAGAAGCUAGUGAGUUUAUGGAUAAUAUGAGAGCCUCUGGGUGUAUUCCACAUUACAAAACAUGGGCAUCUUUAGUUGAAGGGCACUGUGUUGCUGGUGACCUUAAUGAAGCUUCUGAUUGUUUUCAGAGGAUGGUUGAAAAAGUGGGGGCCUCUUGUGCUGGUUAUGCUUUAGAAUUGUUGGUUAACGCAUAUUGCCAUAAGAACAGAGCAAUCGAUGUGUACGAACUUCUGACUGACAUGGUCAAUGAGAAAGAGUUAAAACCUUGGCAUUCUACAUACAAGGUAUUAAUAAGCAAGUUACUGGUUCAGGGAGGUUUUAAAGAAGCUUUGAACCUUUUGGGAUUAAUGAAAAAUCAGGGUUUCCCACCUUUCUUGGAUCCAUUUAUUGAGUAUGUUUCAAAGACUGGAACUGCUGAUGAAGCUAUGACGUUUCUGAAUGCGAUGACUGUGAAGAGGUUUCCAUCUACAGUCGUGUUUCUUCGAGUCUUUGAAGCGUAUCUGAAGGCUGGAAGGCAUAAUGAAGCACACAAUCUCCUUUCUAAAUGCCCGCGGCACAUUCGUAACCAUGCUGAUAUUUUGAAUCUCUUCUUUAUCAUGAAGUCUCAAGCUGCGACUGCUGCCACUUCUGUAGCUGCUUAGGAUCAGAUGGGUGUACAUUGUAUGCCAUUUCUUCAAAAAUUUUGCAGUUGGUUAAUGAGUAGACUUGACAUAUGAUCAAAGAAAUGAGCAUGCUGUUGAUUCAUCUAUGAUUUCUUUGAUGUUGUGACAUCUGUAGUACUAUACUAUAGAUUUGCUUUUCAAUCAGCUGAAGCUUUAAAAUCUGUAUGGUAGUUCUUGAUUAAGAUUCAUACAAGACAAACACCUUUGAUAAAGUGCUGACUUGACUUUUA